AUGAGCCGGCCUGCAGCAACAUCGCGCAAGGUCGGGCGCGCUGUGGUGCUACUGGCGCUGCUCUGGGUGUCUCUGCGAGCAACGCAGACGGCGCGGGCUUUGCUAGGAGCGGGGGCCGUGCAGUUUCCAAGGUCGGUUCCUCCGGGAAUAUGGGCACAGAGCUUGCUGGUCGCACGCAGGGCCAAGGCUGGCGAUGGUGAGGCCGAAGACCAUGAAGACGUCAAGGGGCCUCUGCAACCUCGUGAAGACGAAGAUCAGGCCUCAGAAAAGGAUCAGGAAGAGGCGACGACCGAGGUUUCGCGAAAAAAGGCAGUGGACGAGGCUGCCUCAGCACAGACUGCUGACCCGGUUGAAGAUGCCAAGCAGGCUUCGGAGCCUUCGGAAAGUGAGGACGAAGAUAAGGAGCAGGCUGCCUCUGCGCAGACCGCCGACCCGGUCGAAGAUGCCCCCAAGGACGAGCAGCUGCAGAAGACAGCUCUGGAGAACGAGGAUCUGGCUGCGGCAAGACGACAGCGAGCUGUGGCCCUGAGAGGGCUGGAAACGGCACAGAGCAGGCUGGAAAGGGCGGAAGCCCUGGCCGCAUACCUGCAAGAGCAGCUGCUGGAAUUGAAAGACAGCAGCAGCGAAAGGGCCAAUGAGAUCAAGCAGGAUCUCCGGGAGGCCGAGCAAAAGCUCAACGAAGCCGAAACAAAACUAGAGACUGCCCAGCAGAAGUACGAGGAGGCCCAAGCAAAGGUCCAGGCAGGACGAGGGCAGGCGAAGGCAGCGCCAAGGGUCAUCAAGGAAGAAGCACUCGGUCCGCUGUCUCAAGCGCGCGUCCCCGCAGCAAAGCUACAGGAUGGACAGAGGCUUGUGGGGAUCGAUGCCUGCGUGAAAGCUUGCAUGGGCUUGAUCGAGAAGUACAUCAACCGAAGCGAUGUGAGUGUCACGAACCGCGUGCCGCCCACCUGCGCAGCAAGAUGUGCGCGAGGUGGGAAGACCACCUUCCUGCUAAAGCUUGGCGAGAGACUGGCCGAGGCUGAGUACCUCCCCAUCUUUGUGUCCUUCAACGGGGAAAGCCCCGUCAAACGGCGGGACAACGAGCUAGCGGACGAGUGGCUGUACCGGACUAUUGCGUAUGCGCUGCUCCCGGCCAACAGUUCGCUUCGUCAGGAUGUGGCAGACGAAUUCGGAAACAAGACGUGUCAGAAGUCGACUCUGCAAUCCUACUUCGAGUGCCAGAAGAACGUUGUUUUGCUAGUCGAUGAGCUUAACCAACUGUUGCUGAGGGGCCCCACCCAAGAGGAAAAGAACGCAGAGCAAGAUGCCGCCCGCUUCAUGAAAAAUGUCUUCCUUGGCUCUGAAGGUGCCUACAUGGUCUUCACCUCCCACAUUCAGUCCACGGGGCUAGACUUGACCCAGUGCAUGGAGGGCGACUCCGUUAGGGGGCUGGAAAUCACAGGCUUGCCAUUCGCAGAUGAGCUCGGAGAGCUGCAGAACAUGUCGUCAGCAUUUUCUGGCUUGACGCACAUGAAAGCAGCCUACUACUCAAGAGUCCCAGCACUCCUUUGGUCCUCGCACGAUGAUGGGUCUCUGCUCUCACAAAAAUUCUCACAAAUCCGGGAAGACCCGCAACAGCACCUUGCCGCCUUCUUGCGCGAGGUUUUCGCAGGCACUUUGAUGAGAGAGAUGGAGGCUUUCAGGCAGCUCACGGACGGCAGCCAAAAAGACAGACCAAUAUGGAUCCCAUGCUUCAUGUCGCACUUCCUUAUCCAAUGUAGCAGUGCCUGCCCUGCCUGUGGUGUUCUUGGACGGUGGCUGCAAGGCAUGCAAGCUGCAGAGGAGAAGGAUGGCAAGGCGUGGGAGAAGAUCAUCGCCGUUGCCUUCGGCUUGCGCUACAUUUGGCAGCAGAUGGGCGGCGAAGAGCACGGAUGGCUGCAUGGACAUGAAGGGGCAGCAAUCCAGUGUCUGGAUGCCAACCCAGCGGCGAAGACUGUCGAGCAAGCAAUGCAGCAGCUGCCACAACCAUUGCAGUACCCAACCUUGCAGCUGGUGCUCCCGAGCCACGCACAGUUCGAGGCAGUAGACUUGUUCGCUGUGAGGAGAAAAGCAGACAGUGCUGACUUAGUCAUGGUGGCGCAGCAGAAAGAAGGCAGCGCCAGUGUCAACCACCCACGGCCACAGACUGCGAAGCAUGCUUACUGGAUGAGAGGAUCGUCGACGCAAAACGCAAAGACGAAAGAUGGAUGGAUCCUGCCCUCGCAAAGCGAGAUUGAAAAGUUCUUGGGACACUCCUUGGCAGCUGCAGCACCAGCCACCUGGCGGGACCCGGUAGACAAGCAGCAAAGGCUGGCCGCGAGAACGGCUUUGCUCUGA